AUGAAAAUGAAGAUCCUUAGUAUAAUCUGUGUAACAUUAUUCAGUCAAUUAGGAGACAGUUUACCUAAUGAGUACAGCCAAUUGAUCAAGUCAUCUUUUGCCCGUUAUGGUAACUGUAGUCUUCUACACCAAUCAAAUAUCAGUAAAUGUCACAUUCUGCUAUGUAACUGA